AUGCAGUUCCACGGAGUCACCCCAGGGAAGAAGGCAAAGUCACUUGGACAGAUUUCUCUGGAUGUGGUUUUUGGUGAUUCCAAGAAUUUUCGCAAGGAAAGGUUGACGUUUGAGGUAGUGGAUUUCCAUAGUGCCUAUCAUGCUAUUCUGGGCAGGCCAAUAUAUGCUCGUUUCAUGGCCCAUCCAUGUUACGUGUAUCUUAAGCUAAAGAUGACCAGACCCAAAGGUGUGAUCACGGUCACUAGGAACAGACAGAGAGCAGAGGAAUGUCUCCAGAAGGGGUCCAAGAUCGUUGACGAGCAAAUGGCAGUGGUGGAACUGGAGGAAUACAAGAAGAAUGCUGAUCCGAGUGAUUUGCUCUGGGCCAAGAAGCCCGCUUCUAAAUCCGCAUUUCAGUUGGCCAGUGAGACGAAGCCAGUUCACAUUCACCUAGAAGAUCCCACAGCUGCUCCGACCCACAUCUCAACGACACUCGACAGCAAAUAA